AUCUCUCUCCUCUCCCAGGCUUUCGUUAAUCUCUCUCUCCCUUGUCGUGAACUUUGUUUUUGAAGAACAAGCAAAACAAUUUCUAAAAAUAGUUUGCGAAAAGCAAAACAAUUUGUCUUUCACUCAGUCUCAGUAAAAAAAUUAAAAGCCUACAAGGUGCAAUUCCUUCUGAUAUGGAAGAAGAAACGCAAGCAAGUCCAGAGAUAACAAUGACGAAGGUUGUGGAGAACACACACAACAUAGCUGAUCGCAUUAAGUUGACAAAUGAAGACUUGAACCAAGUGGAAAGAGAAGACAAAAAGGAAGAGGAGGAAACUGCCUUGGACGGAGAAUUUAUAAAAGUAGAGAAGGAAACCUUAGAUGUAAAGGAUGGUUCCCGAAUUGCUGAAACAGUGUCUAUUGCAGAUGACAAGACAUCUGUCAUUGAGCGAGGCUCAUAUAAUUCUUCUGCAAGCAGAGAAUUUCUAGAAGCCCAAGAAAGGUCAAAAGAACUUGAGCUUGAGUUGGAAAGAGUAGCUGGAGAAUUAAAGCAUUCUGAAUCUGAGAAUACACGGCUGAAGGAUGAAGUCUCACUUACCAAGGAGAAGUUGGAAGAAAGUGGAAAGAAAUAUGAAGACCUUGAACUUGAUCACAAAAAAUUGCAAGAGCAGAUCAUGGAAGCCGAAAAGAUGUAUCAUCUACAGCUUAAUGUUAUGCAAGAGGCACUGCAAGCCCAAGAAACAAAGCAAAGGGAUCUGAUAAAUGUGAAAGAAGCAUUUGUUGAUCUUAAUAUUGAACUUGAAAGCUCAAGAAAGAAGAUGGAGGAGCUGGAGCAAGAGCUACAAACUUCCACAAGCGAAGCACGGAAGUUUGAGGAAUUGCAUAAGCAAAGCGGUUCACAUGCUGAAUCAGAGACGAAGAGAGCCUUCGAGUUCGAGAAGUUGCUUGAACUGGCAAAAUUGAGUGCAAAAGAAAUGGAAGAUCAGAUGGUUUCCCUCCAAGAAGAACUCAAGGACCUGUACAAGAAGAUUGCUGACAACCACAAGGUUGAGGAAGCUUUCACUAGUACUGCAGCUGAGCUUUCCACAGUUCAAAGGGAGUUGGAGCUUAAAAAAUCACAAAUGCUUGACAUGGAGCAGAAGCUCACAUCAAAGGAAGCUCUCAUAAAUGAAUUGACCCAAGAAUUGGAUCUGAAGAAGGCUUCAGAAUCUCAGGUAAAGGAAGAUAUCUCAGCACUUGAAAAUCAUUUUUCAUCAACAAAAGAAGAUCUUCAUGCAAAGGUUUCUGAGUUGGAAACAGUCAAGUUGAAGCUGCAGGAGGAAGUGAGUGCAAAAGAAUUGGUUGAAGUUGGGUUGAAAAACCAAGAAGCACACGUCUCAAUGAAACAGGAGGAACUGGCCAAAGUGAUCAAAGAAAAAGAAGCUCUCGAAGCCACUGUGGCUGAUCUAACUAGUAAUGCAGCACAGAUGAAGGAGAUGUGCAAUGAUCUUGAGAAAAAGUUGAAGUUGUCUGAUGAAAAUUUCAGUAAAGCAGAUUCUCUUCUGUCUCAAACUUUGGCAAACAGUGCAGAGCUGGAAGAGAAGUUGAAAUCUCUGGAAGAGCUCCAUCACGAAUCUCGAUAUGCAGCAGCAACUGAAGCGCAAAAGAAUCUCGAGCUUGAGGAAAUCCUACGAGCUUCCAAUGCAGAAGCCGAAGAAGCAAAAUCACAAUUGAGAGAGCUUGAGAGAUGUUUUAUUACGGCAGAAGCGAGGAACAUGGAGCUAGAGCAACAGCUCAACCUGGUGGAACUAAAAAGCAAUGAUGCCGUUAGAGAACUAAGAGAGUUUUCUGAGCAAAUAUCUCUACUCAAUGCCACAUUGAGAGAGGUCGAGGAAGAAAAGAAACAGAUGAGUGGUCAAAUGCAAGAAUAUGAGGAUAAGAUAACUCAACUGGAGUCUGCUUUGAACCAGUCAUCUUCACGUAGUUCAGAGCUUGAGUUGGAAUUGAAGGUUGUUGCAGAAAGAUGUGCAGAACAUGAAGGGAAAGCCAAUACAACCCAUCAGCGCAGCCUAGAGCUUGAGGAUUUAAUCCAGAUAUCACAUUCCAAAGUAGAGGAUGCUGGCAAAAGAGCAAGUGAAUUGGAGCUGAUGCUUGAAACAGAGAAGUACAGAAUCCAGGAGCUUGAAGAACAGGUGAGCAAGCUAGAAAAGAAAUGUGAAGAUGCUGAAGGAGAUUCCAAGGAAUUCUCUGAUAAAGUAUCUAUAAUUGAAGCAGAACUCAAGGCAUUCCAAUUAAAAGCAUCAGGCCUUGAGGUUGCACUGCAAAUGGCCAAUGAGAAGGAAAUAGAGUUGGCUGACUGUUUGAAUUCAACAACAAACGAGAAGAAAAAUUUAGAAGAUGCAUUGACAAAUACAAGCAUGAAGCUUUCUGAAGAAGAAAAUUUACUCAAGGUUUUGCGGAAUGAAUUGGAUCUGACUCAACAGAAAUUAAAUAGCUUAGAAAGUGAUCUUAAGGCCUCUGGAGUAAGAGAAAGAGAGGUUAUGGAGAAGCUUAAAUCCGCCGAGGAGCAACUUGAGAAACAAGGAAGAGUAUUAGAGGAAGCUACUACAAGAAGAUCAGAGCUUGAAUCAUUGCAUGAAACUCUAUCCAGGGAUUCAGAGAUGAAACUCGAAGAAGCAAUUGUGAAAUUCAACAACAGAGAUUCGGAGGCAAAAUCGUUAUAUGAGAAACUGAAGACUCUUGAAGAUCAAGUGAAGACUUAUGAAGAACAGAUAGCUGAAGCAUCUGAGAGAUCUGUAUCCAUUAAUGAAGAGUUGGAUCAGAUUUCAGUGAAAUUGGCUUCUUCAGAAAGCACAAACGAAGAACUCAAAAGAAAGAUAUUGGAGGUUGAAGAUAAAGCAGCAGUGUCUUUCUCAGAGAACGAACUGUUAGUUGAGACAAAUAUACAGCUCAAAAGCAAGAUUAAUGAGCUUCACGAAUUACUGAACUCUGAUCAUGCUGAAAAGGAAGCCACUGCUAAGCAACUUGCUUCUCACAUGAACACUAUUACUGAAUUAACAGAUCAAUGCUCAAGAGCCUCUGAACUUCAGUUGGCAACUGAAGCCCGCAUUUCAGAAGCAGAAUCACAAUUGCAGGCAGCCAUUCAGAAAUUUUCCCAUCGGGAUUCAGAAGCUAAUGAAUUGAAUGAAAAGCUUAAUGCUUUUGAAGAACAAAUAAGAAUGUAUGAAGAACGGACUAAUGAAGCAUCUGCUGUUGCCGAAGCGCAAAAAAUUGAGCUGGAACUGACUCUCUUGAAAUUAAAGGAUCUGGAAAACAUACUGCAAAGCAAGACCAGUCAUUUUGAAAAAGAGAGUGAAGGGCUAGCUGAGGUGAAUUUAAAGCUCACUCAAAAACUGGCCACGUAUGAGUCCAAGCUGAAUGAUCUACAAGCAAAACUGUCUUCAGCUUUUGCUGAGAAAGAUGAAGCAAUUGAACAGCUUCACUCUUCAAAAAAAGCAAUAGAAGAUUUGACAGAGCAGCUUACUUCUGAAGGGCAGAGGCUACAGUCCCAGAUAUCUUCAGCUGUGGAAGAGAACAAUCUGCUUAAUGAAACUCAUCAAAAUGCAAAGAACAAACUUCAGACUGUGAUACUUCAACUUGAAGGACAACUGAAAGAACAGAAAUCAAGCGAAGAUUCUUUGAAAGUUGAGAUGGACAAUCUAAAGGCUGAGAUAGAUGAGAAGGUCGUGUUGCAAAAUCACAUGAAAGAGCUUGAGGAACAAUUAGCUUCAGCUGAAGCUCGAGUAAAAGAAGAGCAGAAAGAAGUAGACUCUCGGAUAGAGUUGGAACGUGAAGCUGCUUUGAAACAUUCAUUUGAGGAGCUUGAAGCUAAGAACAAAGUGGUCCUACUUCUAGAAAAGAAAGUCGAAGAGCUUGAGCAAAAAUUGCAGCUGGUUGAUGGUAAAUCAAAAGAUAAGGAUAAUGGAGGCAGUCCAACUGCAUUAAAUGACGGAAUAGAGGUGAAAUCUAGGGACAUCGGAUUGACCAUCUCAACUCCAUCAAAACGGAAGAGUAAGAAAAAGCUUGAAGCUACUCCUGCUCAAACGUCCUACUCCUCACCAGACACCCAUACUCACAUCACAGGGGUUUCUUCUGCCAUGACCUUGAAGUUAAUUUUGGGUGUAGCGAUGGUGUCAGUGAUCAUUGGCAUAAUUCUUGGAAAACGUUAUUAGCUAUGGCUUUGCAGGUUUUGGUUUUGCCUCUAUGUUCAGAGUUUUUCUUCUUUUUCUUUUUGAUAAAUAAUUUAUGCACCAUAUCGGAAAGCUUUGCAGGUUUUGGUUUUGCCUUUAUAUGUUCAGGGUUUGAAGUUGAUCAGGAAAUGGUUUUCAUUUGUAUUCCUUACCUGUAUGCAUAGAAAAAUCAGUUGACUCGUGUAUUAUUCAAGUUUGUACCUAGUUUUUUUUAUCAAUUGUGUUGAAGAAUAAUUUUGUUCUUGGUAAUUCUCAAAAGUCAUAGAGUUGAUUA